UGGUGAGCCAUAAAAAAUCCUGAACCCUAAUUUUGAACCCUAAUUUUCACACAGGGGAAGAUGACAACCAGAUUGAAGAAGAACAGGAAGAAGAGAGGUCAUGUCAGUGCCGGUCACGGUCGUAUCGGAAAGCACCGAAAGCAUCCCGGAGGUCGCGGUAACGCUGGAGGCAUGCACCACCACCGGAUCCUCUUCGACAAGUACCAUCCAGGUUAUUUUGGUAAGGUUGGUAUGCGAUACUUUCACAAGCUUCGCAACAAAUUCUAUUCUCCUAUUGUGAACAUAGACAGGCUCGCUUCUCUGAUUCCUCAAGAGGUUAAGGACAAAGCUCUUAAGGAAAAGAAAGCUCCUGUUAUUGAUGUUACUCAGCAUGGUUACUUUAAGCUUUUGGGGAAAGGAGUUUUGCCUCAGAAUCAGCCUUUUGUGGUGAAGACGAAGCUUAUUUCUAAGAUUGCUGAGAAGAAGAUUAAGGAGGCUGGUGGAGCUGUUAUUCUUACUGCCUAGUUUUUUUAGUUGUUAUUGCUUAUUGCUAUUGCCGUUUGAUUUCUGGACCGAUCAAUUUCAUUAUGGGAAUUGUUAUGUCAUUAAUUGGAGGAGUACUAAUCUGAAUUUUUCUCCCAA